AUGGUUCAGGAAGCUGGGAAGUAUAAGUCUAGAGAUGAGGAGCCCAAGAAGAAGUUGGAGGUGAAGAAUGCUUUAGUGAAUUAUACGUACAACAUGAGGAACACAGCGAAAGAUGAGAAGCUUGGUGAGAAGUUGACUCCGGUUGAUAAGAAGAUUGAGGAUGCGAUUGAUGAGGUGAUUGUGUGGAUAGAGGGAGAUAGAGAGAAAGAGAGGAGUAAAGAGAGGGAUAAGAUUGAAUUAAUAAAUGUAGGAGGCGCUGGAGGUGGGUGA